AAUCAUUAAUAUCGAUGUCCACCCCUCAGAUGAGAUCCAAAACAAAAGAAAAAUAAUAUAACAGGAAUAUUUAUAAAUGAGCUUAUUUCGUAGCUUGCAGAAUUUUCAAUUCAAGCGUGACAAUGUGGUUAAGGAAGCGCUGAUAAACACAUUAAACGAAAAUGCACGUGAAAUUGAGUUUGACGUUAAACAGAAUGCAGUCGAGGUUCUUGGAGUGUGUGAGCUGACCAGCGCCCUAUGCACCACAUUGGAGGCAAUUUUCCUACAUGGCCUAAAGGAUUCCUUUUUGUGGGCCACUCUAAAUGUGAUCGCAGAUGUGGAAAGGCGCCCAGAGCCAAGUUUCUGGGCUCCAUGCAUGGUAUUUAUGCAUAAGCAGGUGAUUGAACAGAUACACCAACUGAGCCAGAUCACAUCGGAGGUGGGCCAAUGUCGAGCCUGGAUUCGACAAUCGUUGAACGAAUCGUUGUUCUCAUCAUAUAUGAAUAACAUUCGAAAAAAUGGUUCAGCAUUGUCGCCAUAUUAUAAGAGGCAUGCCCUGCUGAAGGAUGCAGACGGAUUGGAGACAGCUGCAAAGAUAAUGGAGAGUCUGGAGGCAUAUGUUCAUUUCGAUUUGCCGGUCAAUUCUAGUCUGCUAAACCAAUGGCCAGACUAUUCUCUACAAUUGUCUGACUUGUGGACACCAGCACUAAAGUCCUGCCCCAUUAGCAGUGGCAUCGAUGUAGCCAGUUCACUGGGGUCUGAUAUUGUGGCCAUACCCACUCCGCAACCCUUGCGUCCCAAUGAACUGUUCUCUGAAUCUAUUUCGAACAGCCCUUUUAAUCGAAGUGGCAAUUUCGGCGUGCUAGAUUUAAAUCAGCGUGAAAACCUCGACCUGCUAAUUCAAAAAUUUGAUGAAAUGGCUGUUAUAAGCGAAACAGGUGAACAAUGUUCACCAGAAGUAGAAGAGGCAGCAGCAGCAGCAGCUAGUACACCCAUAUUGAAUGAUGAAAGUGAAACCCCUUUGGGAAACAAACCAAGACAUCGCAAAAGAUCCCAACGACCGAUUGAUGAAUUUCAAGGUGAUCAAAUCGAUACAGAGGGCAAUAAUAGUUUACCACAAGGUAGCAAUUCACUGACCAACCUUAUGCAAACAUCUUGGUCGGCUGGCGAUAUGGAUCCCCCCUGCACACCUUCGCCAACUGCGGAAUCUUCUAGCUCUCGAUUCUUUCAACGCUCUGUUAGCAUGACUAGCACGUCAAGUCUUCGUUCUCCCUAUGCUGAUCGUUGCAGCUACAAUGCCUUACUAAAAAAGCAUGAACGUAAUCGAGAGGGAGGAACUGGUUGGUCAGAGAUCUGGGAGAAGUUUCGGGCCAGCGCAUCUACUUUAAGCAUUUCACAGGCUCCGCCAACUCCGGCUGUUGUGGAUGAACUUUCUGAUCUACAGUCGGUUGAUUCUGACUUUGAACUGCUUAGUUCAGAUUUCGACAUGACCGAAUUGCAGCAGAUGGUAGUCCAGUUGUGUCAACUGCCCCGCGAACCAGGUCUGAAUGCUCAGGGAUUUUUAUGUCGCACCUGCCAACAUCCGUUGGGCAUUGGUUAUAGCAAUUUUCAGGUGUGCUCCUUCAGCGGUGGCUACUUUUGCAAUAGCUGCAUGGAUAUGGAAACCCAACUUAUUCCGGCUAGAAUAAUUUAUAAUUUUGAUUUCCAUAAGUAUAGCGUAAGCAAGCGCGCCGCAACAUUUUUGGCCGAGUUUAGGGCUCAACCUUUUCUGGACCUGCAGAUAUUGAAUCCUAGAAUAUAUCACGCUUCCGAAGCUAUGGCUGAAUUGCAAUCGCUACGGAUUCGUCUAAACUUCAUUCGCGCCUAUUUGUAUACUUGUAACCCGGAAAGUAUUGAGGUUCUUAGGCAGUAUUUCAGCGGCCGGGAGUAUCUGUAUGAGCACAUACAUCAAUACUCCGUAUCGGAUCUGGCUUUGAUUCAGCGUGGUGUCCUAUGCCAACAACUGCAGAAAGCAUUUAAACUUGGUGAAGCUCAUGUCUUAAAAUGCCAGAAAUGCCAGCUUAAGGGAUUCAUCUGUGAAAUUUGUCAGAGUCCUCGUGUGCUAUAUCCCUUUCACAUCGCCACCACAUUUCGGUGUGUUGCCUGUGGUGCUGUGUUCCAUGCCCAGUGCCUUAACGAACACCAGCCAUGUCCCAAAUGCGAACGACGGCGUAAACGCGAAGAUCAGGCGCUUGAGGAAGCAGUACAGACCUCAAAGCUCAAACGUGAGAGCAGCUAAACUAACUUUCUUCCAUUAGGAAAGUGGGAACUGUUAUCUCAUUGUUGUUAUUCCUUGUUCAACAAAGAUCACAGUUGGAAAUUUGAUAUAAUAGAAAUAAGCUUUAAAUUGUUAUCGCUAUUUAGCCAUAUAUAUAUUAUACACACAUCUAUAUAUUUAUAUAUUCAUUAGACUUGUUUUUAAUCAAGAAUAUUUUGUUAUUAAAAGCUUACCAUGACAAACAAAAAGCAUGAUAUCAUGUGGUUUUAGAUCCUAAUUAAUGGUUCUAAAUUCCAAUUCAUAGAAUAUUCUUGGCAAUGUUUUUGAAAUUCUAUAUAUUCGGUUUUUGGAUUAAAAAUCAGUCUAAUGUACACAAUAUAUAUUUGUACUACAUAUAGCUAAUGCUUUAAGCUAAAAUAGCAGACUCAGAUUUGAGUUAAGGUGCUUUUUUAAACAGUUUAAAAUGUUACUCAAAUAUACAUAUAAUUAUAUAUAUAAACAAAAAUACAUACCAUCCAUACACAUUAUACACGCCUAAUAUUAAAUUA